AUGGCGUCGGGUGACUUAGAGUUUGUGAAAUUGAUAGCAAAAGGUCGUUUUUCGAAGAUAUAUGAGGCGAGGAGGGUGGAUAGUGGUGGAGUCGGUAGGAAACACGCCGUGAAGCUGUUUACCAGGUUUGAUCCAAAUAGGCUUGAGCAUAUUCAUCGUGAAGAGUACAUGUUGAGACGCAUCGCCACAGCAACCAAGCAGUCACCCUUCGUUAUCACCUACUUCGAGUCCAUUGAAUUGCGAGGUUACCCCGCUUUCCUGUUGAGUAGUGGUUGUGGAAAGGACCUCUUUGAUCUCGCAGACAAAUAUGGUGGAAUGUCAGAAGAACAGGCCAAAUUCUAUGCUUGUGAGCUCAUCUGUGGCUUGGAGCAUCUCCACUCACUGGAUAUUGUGCACUGUGAUAUCAAACCGACGAAUGUACUACUCUACCACACCGGCCAUAACAUGAUCGCCGACUUCGAUCUUGCCAUGGACCAAUCAGAGCGUGGUGAUCCUAACUACAGAAACUAUGCUGGUGGAACGCCGGGCUAUGUAGCUCCUGAGAUUUUGAGGAGAAUCACUUGCACCAAGAAAUCGGAUGUGUGGAGUAUGGCUGCU